GGGAGCGGGUACCUGUCAUAUUCGGGUACCCGCUCCCAUUUCCGGUCCGAUCACCUAGGCAAUCGGAAACAGAAGGUGUCCUCCCCCCUCCCUCCCUGUAGUCUUGUGGGACACGUGACAGGUCCCAGAAGACUACAGGACCAUUCAUGAAGUGCAGCGCUACUCGCACAUGUGCAGUGGGUACCCGGCUGUGAAGCCGCAAGCUGUCACAGCCGGGUGCCCACACUGAAGAUGUCGGCCUCCUGAAAUACAGGACGGCCGGUGAAAUGGGCUGCGGGGGGGACACCACGG